AUAAGUAUAGCUCAGCAGUAUACAUAACAAUAAUUAAGGAGAUUCCUAUAUCCAAAGAAAUCAAACAACCAGUGCCACCUUUGAAAGAAAUAGCAAAAAAGUUAAUGACAACUGAAAUCAUUAGUAAAGACCAACGAGAUCAAGCUGUUCAAGUAUUGAAUAAGUAUAGGAAAGCUUUUGUAAAAGAAUUGGAUCAGUUAGAACAAACUAAUAAAAUGCA